AUGGAUAUCAACCGAUUCCACGUUGCCAAAAGUAGUGAGUUGAUUGGAAACGUCUCGGAGGUUCUGAGUGUGGCUCAACUUGCUGUUGUCAAGUUUCCAGCAUCAGGUGGUAGCUCUGGUCUAAACUCGUCGCUCUUUUUGAAUAUCAGCCAAUAUGCGAACCGUCAACUCUGCUCUGAGGGAUCUGACAUUGCUGGUGCGAUCAUGUUUCAUGGCACAAACACUCUUGAGGAAACGGCGUUUGGUGUUGACUUGACUCUGAAUUGCUCUAAGCCUUUCAUUGCUACGGGUGCGAUGCGGCCCGAUACCUAUGUGUCUCCAGACGGUCGCUCGAACUUCUUCCAAGCCGUUGCUGCUGCUGUCUCACCGGCUUCCCGCGACCGUGGAGGUCUGAUUGUUUUCAAUGAUAGGAUCACAUCGAUCUUUUACUCGACUAAGACCAAUGCGAACACUCCCGAUACGUUUAAGGCUCUUGAGCAGGGGAACUUGGGAGCUUUCCUUGGAGGACAACCGUAUUACUUCUUCGACCCGGCGUAUCCCACUGCUCGCCCCUAUUUCGACGUGAGGAAUACUACGGAACUACCUUCCGUGAUUAUUCUCUAUGGUCACCAGGGCUUUGACGCAUCUUUGAUGUAUGCGGCUGUUGCAAACGGGGCAAAGGGCUUGGUCAUUCUCGGACCUGGCGCUGCUCAACUCAGCCCUAGCGCCAAAGCAGCCGCUACAGAUCUUUUCAGCAAAGGAAUCCCGACUGUUUCAGUUCCACGACCAGUUACUGGUAGUGGUAUGCCGGAUAUCUACCCGGGCCCUGUAUUCUAUGCAUCCUACUUGGGCGCCGAGCAGGCAAGAAUUGUCCUUCAGCUCGCCAUUAACGCUGGAUACACACUUGACCAGACCAGAGACCUUUUCGAAGAUCCGUUGAGGAAUGCUAUAUAUGCACCUAAGAUCAACCAAGGCUUCUAUUACACAUCAUAG